UUUACAACCAGCAUGAGUUCCGGUUUCAGUUUCCGCAACAAGGGACGAAACCAGGGCAACCAUAAUGGGGGCAAUGGAAACGGAAACAGGAAGAACCGGUCUAACUUUACCCAGAACAACACAUUCCAGAGCGGAGCCGCCGCGCCCUCCCCCCCUCCCCCCAGAGCCUUUGAGGCGUCCCAAGUAGUUGCGACGGACCCCUCACGUAAAAUUGAGAUCAGCCAGGAACUAGAUACGGCUCUUGGGCCGCUUUUUGCGCAGCUGUCCGGGUUUUCGGGUGUCCCACACGCGCCACGCGCAUUGCCGAAGUACCUUCUCGAAGAGUCGCGCCAAUUGGUGCCGAUUACAUUUAUACGCGACGACUGGGACGCUGCAAACCAGCAGAAGUUUGCACAGCUUGAGCACGACCGCAUUACAGACCUCCAGGGCUUGUACGAGGAUUUCCAGAAACUCCGUGACAUUGAGCGCAAAGAGAUGGAACGACGUGGCUUGGUGCACGCGGAAGACGCGCCAAUGGUAUUAGGAAAUGCGAUCGUUUUCAGGGGUACCUGUCUUGACAUGUGUCCGACAUACGAGCGGGUGCGACGCGCGUUGGAAAAUAACGUGAAGAAAGCAGAGCGUGACCCCCAGACGGGAAGAAUCUCACGCGACCGUGCUAUCAAGGCGUUCUCCAGACCCGCAGCGGGCCAGCCUCCACCGCUUCCUUCGGACGUGAGACCGCCACACAUCUUGGUCAGCACGCUUGAUUACUUGAUCCAGAACUUCAUCCACGCGCUCCCCGAAGCCCAUUCGUUCAUCUGGGACCGCACGCGUUCCAUCCGCCAGGACUUCACCUACCAGAACUACUACGGGCCCGAGGCUAUCGACUGCAAUGAGCGCAUCGUUCGCAUCCACUUGGUAUGUCUCCACAUGAUGACCCAGUCGGAGAACGACUAUUCCCAGCAACAGGAACUCGAACAGAUGAACAAGGCGCUCCGCACGUUGAUGGAAAUCUACGAUGACGUGCGUCAGCGUGGCGGUUCGUGUCCCAAUGAAGCAGAAUUUCGCGCGUAUACGCUUCUUAGUCACUUCCGUGACCCCAGCUGGGAGCGCGAGCUCCAAUCAUUGCCGCGAGACAUCUGUCAAAACCCUGUGGUCCAACGGGCCCUCAAGUUCCGGCUGGUUAUGGCACAAAACAACUUGGCAGAGAGAGGGGUUACCAACACGCCCGGUGCAGCUAACCUCUUUCAUGAGUUCUUCCGGUUGCUCGCAGACCCUACCACGCCGUUUUUGGUUGCCUGCUUGCUCGAGACUCAUGUGAACGAGAUCAGGUUUUAUGCCACUAAAGCUAUGGCUCGCAGCUACCAUUCCAAGGGCAAGGCGUAUCCCGCGGAGCGUUUUGUCGCGAUGCUUGGGUUUAACGAUAUUGAUGAGGUCGUGAAGUUUUGCGAUCACUGGGAAAUCGGGACCAAUGGUGGUGUGGAACUUGUGGGGUUCAAGCUCAAAUCGUUCAAAGACAAGCCCAAACAGACCCAAGCGUGGUGUCGUCUGGUGAAUGAGAAGGUCGGAUAUGGAAGCAGCUUGGUCGGGUUCAUCAACUCUGGAUUGUCCAAUGAUGACUUACAUCUAGGGGAGUAUAUGAAGAAGAGUGAAAGAGGUAUAAGUAGUCAAACUCCUUCCAAUGGCCUUCAGGCUAGUGGCUUUCAGGCCACCUCCAAUACCUCUCAGGCUCCUGUGUUUUCCCAAACGCCGGAUUCUACCGCCUUCUCCUCCAAUCAGACUUCACUGGCGCUUCCGUCGGUACUUUUGCAGGCUUCCGAUGCCUUUUCUAUUCCAGCCGCUCUGGGUGGUUUCUCACAAGCCCCUUCGAACCCGGUUCCUGAGAUCAAUGUCUUGUCCGGUCCACCUCAGCCAGCUUUGGGUAAACAGACACCGGCCGAGACUUCAGUGAAGGGCCCUGAAACCCCAGCCACCAGCUUCACCACCUCCUCUCCGUUGGCAUCUGUUUCUAAACAGCCCAAAUCUGCCCCUUCCUUACCUAAGACUACACCAAAGCUUGUAAGCUUGCCCAAGUUCACCGAAGCGGCAAACAAGCUCAUUGACCAGUUAUUACUCAAUGGUAUUCAGACCCAAACAAGAGCUAUUGUUAAGACUGUGGUGGCGGAGGAGCUCCAGAUGCGAAAAAAGGAGCGUUUGGUAUCGAACUUGAGUGAAGAACUCUUCCGGGCCUUUAUGGAUGAAUUCAUCUACAUUUCGGUACUCGAAUCACAAGCUGAGAGCUUCCGGGAUCAACAUGCGAAGACCAAAAUCUCCAAGUUGUUGAAACAACAGGGUGCACGUUGCUUGGCCAAGAGCGUGGCUAAGCAGAAGAGACGCGAAGAGGUAAUCUGUGCGAUGAAGUUCGGGGCACCGUCUACGGCGAAGCGCAGACGUAAGACCAAUCCUAACGCCUCUACUGGCAAUAUCUCAGUCGCUAAUGGCUCUUUCUCUGCCAUACUGAACGUCAUUCUUGCGCGCAGGGAAAAGACUCGCAUCGACGAGUUAUGGAAACCGUUGGAUUUGGUGACCCUCUUUAUUCGCCCUGCCAGUAACAACUUCACACUUGACAUUGCGCUAGAACAGAGGUGUGUGACUGGGAUUGUUGAUGCUAAAGACUGGAGCUCAUCAUCAUCGAGGUGGUUGGCCACCAAGUUGGGAAUGGUUUUAGAGUCUCACAACUUUGUUCGAACGGUCCAGAAUGGGAAGCUCAAACUUGAAAUCUCUACCAAGAAAGACUAUUCUAAUGCUGUUUUUGUUGUCUUUGACUGUGGCAUUUCCAGCACCCGAUCCAAAGAGUUGUUACUAGAUGUGCUCGAAGCCGAUGCCGAAAGGUUAGCUGUGGUGCAACAAAACAUCACUCAAUCUCGCUUUAGAGUGCACUUACUCGUUCUCUAUUGGGAUGCCACUAACUCCCGCCGGCCCACUACCGAGGUUUUGAGCCGGUUGAAGGCUGACAAGGUUUCCCUUGUGUCAAUCUGCGACAUGUCUAUGGCUGAUAACACUGUCGAUGAAGCCAGUGUUAGCGGCGCGGAUGUGAACGAGAGACUCCAAAACUGCUUCAAAACCUUGGGAGAGAAGUGCGAGCCUGUGCCAAUUGAGCAAGAGAGCAGACCAGAGAGGUCGAAGAUGGCCUCACCAGCGGAGCUCCAGGCGUGUCGCGAUGCCCUUUCCGAGAAGGAAGAUAUCGAACGAGCGAAGCAAGCCGAGGACAGAAAGAAAAAAGCGAAGCUAGCUCAUUUAGAGCGCCAUAUGUCUGGCUAUAGCCCGGCGAUUCCUAUGCGCUCCAGCGGUUUCUCUGCGAAUUCAUCAAAGACCCGGGGUUACCACUCGUUCAAUUCGUUCACAGCUCCCAAAGUGGAUUUAAGCUACUCGGACCAGUCCUUUUUGCCUCAUGGGGAUUCUUCCUUAUUGUGCACCGGUGCUCCAGAGAAAUCCAGCGACCCUAUUAGACCGAAAAGCCUGGGUCUCUCAAAAAACUUACUAGAGUUGAAAGCGUUGACCGCUGGUAUCCGAUCGAGACGUCCGAAGUCAUAA